UCCAAAUCAGAACCGAAAUAGGCAAGGCCGCAUAGUCUGCCUAUUUAUGCACGGACCUCUGAGGUCAUCUGCGAGGCUGCAGUGUCCCCAGGACCCUGCGGUUUCGGAUCCGAACACCCCGGAAUCCCGGGUCAGACAUCAUCUGGGCACCGACCGCUUCUUCAAUCCUCCAACUCGCGUGCCAUCUUUCCACCCGCGUCGGUCGAUGGUUGCAUUCCGCCGUACUGUGGUGAACAUGCAAGCCAGCCUACCCUAACCAACCCGAUCCGUAACGGCCGUAUAGGCCAUCAACCCGAACCUACCUCGACUCUGACACAUUGGCAGUCAUCGAGUGACUCGUCGUUCAACCAUCUCCCUUCCCGACAACCACCACACCGCCGCCGCGAUGCCCUCCAUCCCCAACCGCCCCGCCACCCCCGGCGACGACCCCGACGCCGACGGCAACAGCCCCGAAACCACGCCCCUCCUCCGCGCCGCGCGCUCCGCAUCCCCCACCCCAAGCCGCGCCUCCACCCUCAGCUCCCUCCACAGCAGCAGCAACAACAGCACCACCAGCAGCACCACCAGCCCGCGCCGAACGCUCGCCCAAAAAACCCAGCUCAUCCGCAGCACGUCCCUCUUCGCCGCCUUAUUAUCCUCCCUCUGCGCGGGCUCCAUCACCAUCUUCUCGCUGUACGGCCACAUCUUCCAGGCCCGCCUGCGCUACACCCAGUUCGAGGUCAACGGCCUGGCCUCGGCCGCGUCCGUCGCCAUGUACGCGCCCGUGCCCCUGCUCGGCUACCUGUGCGACCGCGCCGGGCCCGCGCCCUUGUCGGUGUUGGCGGCGGGCAUGUUUGGGGCCGGGUAUGCGGGCGCCGCGGCGGCGUACGGGCGCGCGGCGGCUGCGGUGGCGGCGGGUGGGGGGGCCGGUGACUGGUAUGGGUUGAUGGUGUUGGCGUUCGUGGCUAUUGGGGUGGGGACUUGCGCGAUGUAUAUGGGUGCUGUGGCGACGUGCGCGAAGAACUUUGGGCGCGGGAAGCAUAGGGGUUUGGCGGUGGCGCUGCCGAUUGCUGCGUUUGGGCUGAGUGGGAUGUGGAUGAGCCAGUUGGGGAGUCACUUGUUUCUGAACCGGGACCCGAGCGCCGAGGAUGGGGAGGUGGAUGUGGUGAAGCUUUUUGUGUUUCUCGCCGUGUUGCUGGUGGUUGUGGGUGUGAUCGGGGCGUUUGGACUCAGGAUCGUGGACGAGAAGGACCUGAUUGAGGAGGCGGUGGAGGAGCUGGAGCGGAGUGGGAUACUGGAUGGGAGCGUCAUGUUUACGCCUGGGAGGGUAGAGGGCUACGGCGCGGUGGAGCGGGGCAACCCCUUCGACGAGCUCGAGGAUGUCAAGGACCCCGCGGAGGAGGAAGCCCGGCUGAAGAAGCAAUGGGUUCUCAACGCCGAAACCCGCCGCUUCCUCACCGACCACACCAUGUGGUGCUUCGCCCUCGGCUUCUUCCUCAUGAUCGGCCCCGGCGAAGCCUUCAUCAACAACAUGGGCACCGUCAUCAAGACCCUCUACCCACCAACCCUCCACUACGAAGGCAAACCCACCUCGGCCGCGACGCACGUCUCCAUCGUCGGCAUCACCAGCACCGCGGUCCGCCUGCUGACCGGCACCCUCACCGACCUGCUCGCGCCCAGCCCCAAGGCCCAGCACGUGCAGAUCACCACCACCCCGCGGGGCGGCCUCCUCUCCGCGCGCGGCUUCUCCAUCUCGCGCGUCUCCUUCCUCCUCUUCUUCGCCGCCCUGCUGUCCCUCGGCCUGGCCGGCCUGGCAUCGGGCAUCGUGCAGAACCACGGCGACCGCUUCUGGGUGGUGUCGGGCCUCGUCGGCGCCGGCUACGGCGCCGUCUUCAGCCUGACCCCGAUCAUCAUCACCGUCAUCUGGGGCGUCGAGAACUUCGCCACCAACUGGGGCAUCGUCGCCAUGUUCCCCGCCCUCGGCGCCACCUUCUGGGGCCUGGUCUACUCGGCCGUCUACCAGGGCGCCGCCGACCGCGCCGCGCCGUCUCCCGGUGGUGGUGGUGGUGAGCAGGAUAAUUUGUGCUACGGCGAGGAGUGCUACGCGCCGGCUUUCUGGGCUAUGGCUGCGAGUGUGUGGGUCGCUUGUGGGCUGGUGCUGUGGGCGUGGAAGGGGAGGAAUGGGUGGGCGCAGAGGGGGAUUGUGGUGUAG